AGUCAGCUUCUCCAAGAGGGCAAAGCCCCAGGUUAGAGUGAGGCUGGGGGGCACCUUUGCCAAGGUUACUGAGGUUCAAGGAGCAGAGUCUGAUGCCUCUGGAGCUGGUCUUGGCUCUAUUACCCAGCUCUGUGGGUGCCCACCUAGGUAUCUAGGACUGUGCUAUUGGAUUUCAAAGCCACAACCACGCCCCAAAAGUGAGUUGGUGAGACCAGAUCAGCUUUGGCGGGAGGAAGGGAUACAGGGGAAGGCACUUGAUGGGAAGAAGCUCUGGGUUUGACUCUGCCUAGAAAGGAACAUUGCAGGGAUUAGAGGUGCCUCUUUUCCUCUCUCUGCUGUGAUGGAUAUGCCCCAACCCCUUCCUGCCUCCUAGGAUUGGAACCCCCUCCUCUGAUCCAGGCAUCCUCUCCUAGGAUGCCUAGAAAGCUCCCAUUUACUCUUGCUACCAGCUCCUUGGGAAGAUAGGGGCAGGGGCAUGCUUCCAGGCAGGGGGUAUUCCCAGAACCUUAGUUGGAGGGAUGUUUAUUUGGAUUGGGGGGUAAGGGGAAGUGUCUCAGAAUUGGCCUGAGCAGAUGUUUUCAACAUCUGUGAUCACCAUUCCUGGUGUGGGUGUGUCCCAGUCCUUUUGGACACUGGAUCUGAAGAAAUGGAAGCACUGACGUGGAGGGCCCUGAAUCCCAAGCCUGCUGCUGCUGGGACCCUUAAAGUUGAGGUGCACCACAAGGCUCACCACUGCGUGUUUCCGAAAGUCCCUAGUGUCUUCAGGGCCUCUGAGGCUACAGUGGGCAGUGCUCAGAAUACUGUUUAGAGCCAAUGCUGAGGGGACAGGGAGCCAGCAAGUCAAGUGCCACAUCCUGACCUGGAGAGGUGCCCUGGCCCAUUUCCUUCUCCAGCUUUGUGAUACUGCCUUUGUUUCCUUCCACUUGGAUGGAGUCCCGCCACCGUGGUAAUAUUAAGUAGCACCAAAAGCUCUACCCAGAGCCUACUAUGUGCUUUACAUCCAUUCUCAGACAUUCUUACAACACGGAGGCAUUUUUCCUGCUUUACCAAUCAGAAAACUGCUCAAGGAGAUUAAGUAACUUACCCAAGGCCUCCUAUGUUUAACUAGGACUGGACCUUUAGUCUGUCUGACUCCAAUAUCAGGAUGAGCUUGCUUUUUUUCUCAGCAAGCUGCCUCUGGGAGCCCUAAAAGGCUCCAGAAGGCUCCAGGACUGAGGAGGCUUCUAAAAGGGCCUCACAUGCCCCAGGAGCCAGGUGGAUACAGAACGAGGGUUCCCACUCUCAGAGAGUUGGUCCCCAGUUCCCAUGCAGGGAGUGGAGCUUCUGAGCACUGCCAGAGCAACAGGCAGGGUUCUUGCCAGCACGGAGCCUCACGGAGUGAGCAGGCAGGUGGAGCUCUCGCUCCACCGCAGCCCCUCUGCGGUCUCUGCAGCCGUUUGCAUUUCCUGAAACCGGAUCUUGGUGUCAGAGCCGCCCCCAGCCGGGCGGGCGCCUCAGCCAUGGCCCUGCGCAAGGAACUGCUCAAGUCCAUCUGGUACGCCUUUACCGCGCUGGACGUGGAGAAGAGCGGCAAAGUCUCCAAGUCCCAGCUCAAGGUGCUGUCCCACAACCUGUACACGGUCCUGCACAUCCCGCAUGACCCCGUGGCCCUGGAGGAACACUUCCGAGAUGAUGACGACGGCCCUGUGUCCAGCCAGGGAUACAUGCCCUACCUCAACAAGUACAUCCUGGACAAGGUGGAGGAGGGGGCUUUUGUUAAAGAGCACUUUGAUGAGCUGUGCUGGACCCUGACGGCCAAGAAGAACUAUCGGGCAGAUAGCAACGGGAACAGUAUGCUCUCCAAUCAGGAUGCCUUCCGCCUCUGGUGCCUCUUCAACUUCCUGUCUGAGGACAAGUACCCUCUGAUCAUGGUUCCUGAUGAGGUGGAAUACCUGCUGAAAAAGGUACUCAGCAGCAUGAGCUUGGAGGUGAGCUUGGGUGAACUGGAGGAGCUUCUGGCCCAGGAGGCCCAGGUGGCCCAGACCACCGGGGGGCUCAGCGUCUGGCAGUUCCUGGAGCUCUUCAACUCAGGCCGCUGCCUGCGGGGCGUGGGCCGGGACACCCUCAGCAUGGCCAUCCACGAGGUCUACCAGGAGCUCAUCCAAGAUGUUCUGAAGCAGGGCUACCUGUGGAAGCGAGGGCACCUGAGAAGGAACUGGACCGAACGCUGGUUCCAGCUGCAGCCCAGCUGCCUCUGCUACUUUGGGAGUGAAGAGUGCAAAGAGAAAAGAGGCAUUAUCCCGCUGGAUGCACACUGCUGCGUGGAGGUGCUGCCAGACCGCGACGGAAAGCGCUGCAUGUUCUGUGUGAAGACAGCCACCCGCACGUAUGAGAUGAGCGCCUCAGACACGCGCCAGCGCCAGGAGUGGACAGCUGCCAUCCAGAUGGCGAUCCGGCUGCAGGCCGAGGGGAAGAAGUCCCUACAUAAGGACCUGAAGCAGAAACGGCGCGAGCAGCGGGAGCAGCGGGAGCGGCGCCGGGCGGCCAAGGAGGAGGAGCUGCUGCGGCUGCAGCAACUGCAGGAGGAGAAGGAGCGGAAGCUGCAGGAGCUGGAGCUGCUGCAGGAGGCGCAGCGGCAGGCGGAGCGGCUGCUGCAGGAGGAGGAGGAGCGGCGCCGCAGCCAGCACCGCGAGCUGCAGCAGGCGCUCGAGGGCCAACUGCGCGAGGCGGAGCAGGCCCGGGCCUCCAUGCAGGCUGAGAUGGAGCUGAAGGAGGAGGAGGCUGCCCGGCAGCGGCAGCGCAUCAAGGAGCUGGAGGAGAUGCAGCAGCGGUUGCAGGAGGCCCUGCAACUAGAGGUGAAAGCUCGGCGAGAUGAGGAAUCUGUGCGACUCGCUCAGACCAGACUGCUGGAAGAGGAGGAAGAGAAGCUGAAGCAGCUGAUGCAGCUGAAGGAGGAGCAGGAGCGCUACAUCGAACGGGCGCAGCAGGAGAAGGAAGAGCUGCAGCAGGAGAUGGCACAGCAGAGCCGCUCCCUGCAGCAGGCCCAGCAGCAGCUGGAGGAGGUGCGGCAGAACCGGCAGAGGGCCGACGAGGAUGUAGAGGCUGCCCAGAGAAAACUGCGCCAGGCCAGCACCAAUGUGAAACACUGGAAUGUCCAGAUGAACCGGCUCAUGCAUCCAAUUGAGCCUGGAGAUAAGCGUCCGGUCACCAGCAGCUCCUUCACAGGCUUCCAGCCCCCUCUGCUUGCCCGCCGUGACUCUUCCCUAAAGCGCCUGACCCGCUGGGGAUCCCAGGGCAACAGGACCCCUUCGCCCAACAGCAAUGAGCAGCAGAAGUCCCUCAACGGUGGGGAUGAGGCUCCUGUCCCGGCUUCCACCCCUCAGGAAGAUAAACUGGAUCCAGCACCAGAAAAUUAGCCUCUCCUAGCCCCUUGUUCUUCCCAAUGUCAUAUCCACCAGGACCUGGCCACAGCUGGCCUGUGGGUGAUCCCAGCUCUUACUAGGAGAGGGAGCUGAGGUCCUGGUGCCAGGGGCCCAGCCUCCAACCAUAAACAGUCCAGAAUGGAACCUGGUUCACCCUUCAUACCAGCUCCAAGCCCCAGACCAUGGGGACUGUCUGGGGUGUUGAUCCUUGAGAACUUGCCCUGUGCUUUAGACCCAAGGACCCAACCCCUGGGCUGGGAAAGAGUGAACAAGCAAGCUGGGGCCACCUGCCCCCAGGUGGCCACCAAGUUGUGGAAGCACAUUUCUAAAUAAAAACUGCUCUUAGAAUGAA